AUGCACGGCGUCUACGACAUGUUCCACAUCGGGCACCUCAACAUCCUCAGCCACGCAGCGAGCCAAUGCGACUACCUGAUUGCAGGAGUUGUAUCCGAUGAGAUGGCACGCCUGGCCAAAGGUCGUGACCCGGUAAUUCCGCUAGCCGAGCGGAUCGCGAUCGUGGCGAGCAUCAACUGCGUCGACGAGGCUGUCGCCGAAACCAAGCCGCACAAGAUCGACACCUGGCGCGACGUGGGAUUCGAUGCGAUCUUCAAGGGGAUGACUGGCGAGGAACACCGAAAGGCCUUGCGCUGGAGCAGGAAUUUGCCGCAGUCGGCGUCGAGGUGGUCUAUUUCCCUACACGCUCGACACCUCCAGCACCCUGCUGCGCGCAGCUCUGGAAAAGUCCGUCAAAUCGCGACCAACCGGGACUCGGUAGCGCAUGAAUCACAGAAAACAGCACGAAGCAGGCAGCAAUCGAUGAGAACAGCACAUGUGAUUCACAAAUCCGCCUCGGCGCCUCGGAUGGUCGGAGUGUCAGCACUGCUGGUGAUAGCUGCGCUGACGGGGUGUUCCAGCCCAGCUUCCGAUACAUCGAACGGUGACAGCGUCACGCCGCCAGGCGUCACCGUGGGCACGCCCCCGCCGCCGGGUAUCACCGAAGACCGCGCCGAGAACAUCUCCACGCUGCCACCAGUGCCGGUCGACCACCCGAGCCCACUGGCCAACGGUCUAGAGGUCACCGCGGUGACUACCGAACCGCUCGAACUCACGGCCAACGGUCCAGGUGAGAUCGCGGGCAGUAGCUUGAGCGUGACGCUCGACUUCGCGAACAAGUCCACCACGGACAUUUCGCUGGACAGUCUGACCGUCAACGCCUACUACGGCAACCGACUGCCGGCGGCACCCGGCGCGACCGACACAGCCACGCCGGUCAGCGGACUGCUUCCUCCUGGCGACCACCAACAGGGUGUCUACGUGUUCCAGUGGGCCACAGCGAUUCCCAGAACGUCAUCGCCGUCGCUCGUUGACGGCGGCCGAGGUGGUCGCGCAUACCUCGCUGUCCAGGCGCAGCGUGUUCCGUGCUGCGACACUUCUCGGAUUGGGCCUUGCGGGCGGAUCGGCGACGAGUGCCUGCACGACGAGGCACCCGAGCACACGCUCGCCGCAUAUUCGCGAAUCGCCGACCGCGGCGCCGAGGCAAUCAGCGUCGCCGUCCACCGCACCAGAGACGGAAUCCUCGUCUGUCAUGAGGACCCGACGUUGAGCCGAACAAGCGGUCAGAACAUCGCAAUUGCGGACGUCACUCACGACGAACUGAGCAAUCAUCCCGUCGAUCUCACCCGCUGGGUAGAGGUGCUCGAAAGACUCGGCAAGCGGGCUGUUCUGUUUGUCGAAUCCAAGGACACGGAAGCCACCACCGACGUGAUCGGCGCUGUCACCGCGAAACAGCUGGGCGGCACCACCGUCUUCACACAACCGUUCACUGCCAGAGAAGGCGAGUCCGCUGCGCGCAAAGCAGGGCUGACCAUCUGCACCUAUUUCAGCUCACAUGCAACCGGUGCCGAAAUCGACGAGGCCGCAGGCGGAUCAGACGCAAUCGGAAUCUUCGCAGGCGUCCGCAGGGAGAACGAGCGGCAACAAACUUCGAUCCAGGGCGCCGUGGCGACAGGCAAACCGGUAAUCGCAUGGUCGGUAAACCGCCGCUCCCAACUCCCCUACCUUGCUGAGGCUGGGGUCCGAGGGUUCAUGUCCUCAUCGUGGAGUUAUGUGGCCGGGCCCUCCGGAACC